AUGAGCGCAAAAGUUGUGCACUAUCCCGUUGAGCCUCGCGCGUCCCGCUCACGGCUCGUAGACGAAGUCUCGGCCGCCAAGAAGCGCAAUGGUGUAAACAAGCGCACGCCUUCAGAACGUAUCGCAUUGGUACUUGACAUGGACGAGUGUCUGGUGCACAGCAAAUUCCAAAAUGAGGUUGAGUACCGCCAGAAUGAGUACCGCCCCGAGCAAUUAGAAGAAUAUAUCGACUCGUUUGAGAUUGUCAUGGAAGACGGUGAACGUGCAGUCGUCAACAAGCGACCAGGUCUCGAUCGUUUCCUUGAAGAAGCUGCCAAGCACUACGAUGUAUACGUGUUCACGGCUGGCCUUGAGGCAUACGGCAAACCCAUUCUUGACGUCCUCGAUCCCAAGGGCAAUCUCUUUGCUGGCCAUUUCUUUCGCGAGUCAUGCAAGCAACGAAAAGGCAUGUUUCUUAAAGACCUGAGUGUAAUCCGUGGUGGUGACCUGUCGCGCGUCAUCCUCGUGGACAACAACCCCGUGUCGUUUCUUAUGCAGCCCAGCAAUGGUAUUCCCGUGCCAAGCUUCUAUGACGACGCAAAAGACCGGACUCUUGAGUCAUUGAGUAAGGUGCUGGCAAGUAUGCAGGAAGCGGAAGAUGUACGUCCGCGUUUGCACCAGCUCUUCCGCUUGGCGGAUUUGUUAGCCGAGCAUCAGCGUGUGAUUCUCGGGUAA